AUGCUAAAUUUGACAAUAUCCCACCCAUUUGCUACAAAGCAAAAAGUCAGUGGGCCUCAGUGCUUCAUUCUUGCUUCUGCAUUACCUGCACUAGUGAUCACUAUAAUUACUUUUCUCAAAUGGAGUCGUUCCGGGAAGUCUAGGCAAGAAGAGCAAAGAUUUUUCCAUGUCUUACAAGUUGCAUUGUUAGGAUUGGCGGUAUCGAUUAGCUUGACAGCUAUUGUAACAGAUAUUCUCAAGAAUUGGAUUGCGAGACCAAGACCGGACUUUUUGGCAAGGUGUGGUGCGCCACGGGACAAGUUUAGUUCACAAUUUGUCAACCUCGGUGUUUGCACUGCUCCGUACGGAAUGGGUGAAUUAUUAGAUGGUUUGAGAUCAACACCAUCGGGACAUUCAUCCAUCAGUUUUGCUUCUUUCUUAUACUUGACGCUUUGGUUACUUGCGCAAUUUGAAUUGACGAAGCUGCCUCCACAACAUAUGUACAAGCAUAUACUAGUUUGGCUCCCGUUACUAUUCGCUUCGUACGUAUCAUUAAGUAGAGUUCAAGAUUAUAGGCACCACUUUACGGAUGUGAUUUUUGGUACACUUAUUGGAUGUUUGUUUGCGUGGAUUGUAUUCCAUCAUUAUUGGGAAGGCUUGCGCAGUAUAGAUUGCUCACUUCCCAAAACUUGGAACGAACCAAAAGAAAAUGCUACAAUUUUGCCUAUUUGA